CUUCGCUCGACAAACAAAAGAAAAGGCAGCUCCAUGCAUACAACACCACGCAGACAGGCAAAAUGUCGCUGCCCUCUAUACGAGAGCGGCCAGCCCUUGGCCGUGCUCAUCGAACCACUCCCGCACCCCCUGCUGCACCUCUGCAAUGGUCUCAGUCCGCUCUGUCCACUCGCACGCCACGCCACGACCGAUCACGGCCGCCAGCCGAUCCAAAUCACCCACACCCUCACCCAGGCACUCAGCCAACACGCGACAGAGCCACUCGACGUUCUCAUCCGAAUCGACGGGCACACGCGGAUGACGACCUAAUGGACAUCACAUACUUGCUGGUUGAUCGCUCUCCGUGUAUUGUAUGCGAUGCACACAUACGUACCGGUGAGCAUCCACAGCAGCGUCCCCGUAACGCCAAACACAUCUGUCCGGUCGCCAACCCGCCCCAUCAUGAUUUCUGGGCCCUGGAAAUGACCCCUUCGAGACUGGGUGGUCUUGGACGAGUCGCUCGCAGCCAGACGGCCGUUGGCCCAGUCGACCAGCAGCACCGGCGGACACGAAGCGGUCGGACCACUCCAGCUGGAGCUGCUGCUCGACAAGGGGGGGUCCGUCAGAACGAGCAGGUUGGACGGGUUCACGUCGCAGUGAUACACAUGAAGCCCGUUGGCCCACACCACCCCCUCGCAGAGGUCGAACCACCAGCUGAAGGCAAGGCGCUUGUCGGCUGGCGGGCCGAGUGACAGCAGGGUCUGGCCGGGGUGGAAGUUCAUGAGCGCGCACUUGCGGGACCGAUCGCUGCCGAUGAACUCGGGAAUGCACGACGGCGGCGAGCCACUGCUGCCUGUGGUGAGGUGGGGAGGAGGGGAGAGGGGCGGGGAAGAGCUGCUGGACGAGGCCGCCGUGCCGUUGGAUGGCUCGUCACUCAACUCGAGGCCGUUGAGCCGUCGGAGAGCGCCCUCCUCGUUGGAAUAGAAGAGCCGACCAUUCUUGCCGCCCUUGAACUCCUGACGAAAGCGUCAAAAGGUCGUGUCAUGAAGGAGGGGUGUUUGCGUAUGUAUCGCCAGAAUCGAGUGUGGAUACAUACCUUGAUGACGACCUCGCGGGAAGUCUCUACGAUCCCCUCCCCAGUCACGGUCUUGCUCGUCAGCUGCACGCGAUAGCAGCUGGCCUGGCGGCCCUUGCCCACCCGGCCCCGUCGAUGCGGCACCUCCACGACACCCGUGGAGCCGUCACGCAAUGUCAGCUCCCAUCGGUGCCUCUCCUCGCCGCCGUUGCUGCCCCGCUCCCUCUCCCUCUCAGCCCGCCGCCUCUCCCUAUCACGGUCUCGGUCUCGCCCGGGGAAGCGGAUUGGCAUGACACCAGGGAUCUCGCCAAAGAGGCCAUCCUCCCGGACCUCUGCACUGUCACGGGGGGCGAUGGCGCGGCGGUUGACGAUUGGCCGCACGUUGUCUGCCUCCCACGUUUUGAUGGAGCCGUCGGGCCGACAGAUGAGGUACUGCACACACCACACACACACACACACACACACACAAGGUGUAUGGGAUCGGUCGGCCGCCGGUCGGUCCAUCCAUGUGAUGUGGGUGUGCAGUGCACCUUGUAUUCGUAUGGUGUGCCCGAGGGGAUGGAGACCGUCAGUGUCCAUGUCGGGUAGGCACUGCCCGCUGACAGCAUCAGCGGCUCCGUCUGGCGCCACUCGUGGAGGGCAGAGCAGCUGCCGAGGAUCCCAACUACAGAUCCAGAAGCCACCAAACACACGCAUCCGUCAGUGAAUCAUCUGAGCUUCCCAGUGCGUGUCUGACCUGCCUCUCCCCAUCUGGUCUUCUCGCACUUGACGCUGAAGGUCACAGGCACCAUAACCGGUGCGGGCGUGGAGGCCUCCGGCUCUUCAUCUUCAUCGUCGCCGUUUUCAUCUUGCCAUAGAGAACCAUCUGUUACUUCAUCGUUGCCCAUCUCCAUCGUUAGUUACGGGAGCAACAGAUCAGUACGUACCAGCAAUUGUACAGGCGAAGAUAAAGCUGCGAAAAGGGUCAGCUUAGAACGAAC